AUGGCCCUCCUGAACCCCUCCUUCAUCUUCGGCGUCUUCGUCGUCCUCUACUUAUCCUCCUUUGUCCUCUUCGCCGUCAUCCGCUUCCUGACCGGCCUCUCCAUCCAGCGCAUUGGCUACUUCUCCCUACGCCGCCUCGCAUAUGUCCCCAAGGAUGGGAUCAAGAUCGAGAUCAGGGGCCUGGGCCUCAACGUCCACAGGCCGACCUUUGCCCAGCCCACAUGGCUCAGCGUUGUCGUCAGCGAGCUCGUCGUCACUGUCGACAUCCACGAGCUCGAGGCCAGCAGGAUCUCCGGGACGGCAGCAGUCGAUCCUGACGACCCGGCGGUCUAUAACAAGGGACAGGACACCCGCUCGUCGUCGCCGCCGUCGGCGUUGAACCCGCCCAAAACCCCGAUAGCCCGGCGUCCGACCAAUACGCAGAAGCGCAGCGAGACGUGGAAGCAGCUCACGCGCAUCAAGGAGCGCAUCAAGAAGCUACACAGGAAUGUCAAUUGGCUGCGCAUGGUGGAUGUUGUAGCCACCAAUUCGACCGUCAACAUCGUGGGUGUGGGCAAUGUACAGUUUGGCAGCGUCACCGUUGCUGUCGACACCCGGCGCAAGAUGGUCGACCGGGCCCGCUUCUUUUGGGCCUCAGGACCAAGAAAGGGGUAUGGGAAACGCCAGGCCGAAUGGAUCAUGACAGUCCGGAGUGUGCUCUUCACCCCCCUCGGUGCCGAGUCACUCGAGGUCCUCGACAACCUCACGUUGAACGUGCACGGGUUCCUGUACGAGACCCGCGACGGCCUGCGGGAGGCUUCCAUCGCCCUGAAGCUGGGCCGUGUCCACGUACCUCUGGAUGAGGUUCUCGACUCGAUCAAGAGGGCCCGGGAGAGCAAGAUGGCGGCCGCCUCUACCUCUCCUCCCCUGCAGGAGCCGAUGGAGGAGUACGUCGACAAGGUUAUACAAGAGAUGGAUCAUCCGGGCAGCACCGACGAGCAGCUCAUGCAGACGGUCUCCGAUUCCAAGGAGUUUGUGAGCUCGAUACUCCGCGGCAUAAAGGAGGUGCAGUUUGCCGUCAGCUUUGUUGCGUUGACAAAAAAGAUCGAGGCUGUCAAGACCGCCGGUCCGCCCGUCAUUCUCAACGCAUCCAUGAAAGAGGUCGGCAUCGAUCUCCACCGACUGGACCCAAAGUCUCCGGCACAUAGGAUGUACUUCCCUUCCAAGGACCUUGCGCACGAGGCCUUACUUGCUGCGCUAUCGAUCUCGAUAGGGCUGGAUGACGGACACGGAAGUCCACAGCGCCUGAUGUACGUGCCCAUGGCGACUACGACCGUCAGGACCACCUUGCCCUCCAAGACUGUGGAGAUCUCUGGAACCAGCGACCCAGAGCAGAGGAACGCCAAUAUCUUGUUCGCCAACUCUGUGGUGACCUCUCCUUCGGUGGAUCUGGACCCAAAGCAUCUUCCGCUGUUGCUUGCCAUGAUGCGGCCUAGGCCAAAGGGUGGGAGCCCACAGCCACCUCGAGAGCGGCAUGGGCUCAUCUCAAGACUGCUUCCGAAAGCCAACAUCAAAUUCUCCAUGCACGAACCCGUACUUCGAAUUGCAUUGCCGCCCGUCAAGAAGGACGCGGAUCCUGAUGACUUCGACUUAAUCAUCUCCUCCAUAUCGUCAAUAUCCCUCGACGCGGAGUCGUUCCAUUCAACCGUGGAGGAGCUUCAUUAUUCCUUAGCUUCCAACCUGAGGGUGCAGUCUCAUAAUCUCUAUUAUCAGACGUCGGGAGGCGAGCGGUUCGACCUUGUAGAGACGGAAUCGUUCGACCUCAAGGUCAACCUGAGCGCAUCUCCCGACGUGCAAGUCGUUGCUGCUGGCAACCUACAGACAUUUUCUAUCCGACUGGUUCGCCCUGAGAUCACGGAUGGGCUGCGACAGAUCAUCCGGCAACUUCGUCUCAGGGUAGAGCCGGACAAGCGCGGCUACUCAAAGUCUCAGAAGGAGGGCAACUUCCUACGCAGUUUACCCCCAUGGCUCCUGCACUUCAAGCUACAGGCAUCAGAUUUCAGCGCCGAGAUUGCCGGCAUGGACGAGGAGAUCUCCAACGAAUCAAGGGGGAUGUCCUUAUGCUUGGAGUCUUGGACUGCCGAGUAUCGGGCACAAAGACUGGACGGGUUGCCUCGCCGUGGGGCCAGGAAACGCGCGAGCAGUCGUGUCAGCGUGUCUAUCGACCCAGACAUCAUCAAGAACCUCCCUGCGUCUCCGAGAAAGAAGCAUCAGACCCCUGGUGAUGGGCGCCGCGUGGCCUUCCAUGUUCGUGGCCUGGAGGCCUUUAUAGUCGAGUCGGCCGAUCGGUGGGAAGUCGAUCCCUUCAUCAGGAUGCCUCGCUUCGAGGUAGCCUUCUCCACCAACACCGACAACCAAGGACCUGUCUUCCACGUGCACUCCCAUGUGAAGACCUUACUGGUGCAGUAUUCUCUGUACCGACAUUAUGCGAUCGGUGUAGCCGUGUCAGUCCUGCGGAAGGCCUUCAUGCAUGGGAGCGGUGAUGUUGCAUCGCCAAACAUACCAUCAACACCUGCCACGCCGAAGCACAAGAGCUCGGGUUCGCAGUAUCUGUCACCCCCCAUGCCGGACUUUCCUUUCCAGGAGCCCGAGGACACCAGUUCUGGCGCUGAGCUCAUUGCCAUCGACUUUAAGGCGGCCUUUGUGCAAAUCAAAGCAGACAUGCCGUCAGACCCGCCCAUGAUGUUGCAUGUUUAUAAUCUCGAAGCGGGAAGACACCGUUGGUCGUCACCAUUCUUCCACACGAAAUUAAUCAGGCUAUACUCGGAGCCCCCCAGGAUGCGUGGUGUGUGGGCCAAGAUCAUCAGCAUCAAGCAUGGGCGUCUUGAUUAUCGAGAAUCCCGUCGUAAGAUGGCGACUGGCGGGUAUCAGGACGAAAAGAUGUACGACAUUGUGACAGAGGCUGUCAGGGGGGCUGUUCCCCACGAAUUUAUCGUCAGCAAAGUCUCGGACAACAUCACCAAUGUCAUCAAAGCUGUCGAGCAACUGCACCACCGCUUCAAGACCGGCACAAACGAGUACAUCUUGGACAAGGGCCCAGUGGAGCCCAAGAAUGUGCCCAAGGUGUCGUUCAGAACCAAAGCACUGCUCUUUGAACUGGAGGACGGCGCAUUUGAGUGGAAGCUGGGCAUGAUCUAUCGAGCUGGACGCAUCGAGCAGAUGCAGAGGCAAGCACGGGAGGAAGCCUUCCGGGUCAAGGUCAAGAAGAUCCACGAGGAGGCGAGGAGAGAGACCAGCGUCCGGGCUCGCUCGACAGGGCCAAGAGCUCGCUCAACCCAUUCUGGCACGUCUUGGCGGGGCAGGAGUCAAAGUGCUGACGGCCGUCGGCCACGGUCCUCUAGUGCUGGUCGUGAGCGCGAUCGUGCACCGAGAUAUGAUCCGGACAACGGUUGUGAGAUCACUGGACAUACCCUGGUCUCCAUCGCGGAUGCUCGAGCCAGGCUCAACGCACACAAUGCCAAGAGCUGGAAGACCCGGAUUGAUCGCUUCUAUGCCAUGGCACGCAAUGGCAUGAACGACAUAAGGAGUACUUUCUGGGGCACAGGCAACGUGCCCGACGAUCUCGACGAUGGAGAGGACAUUCUCGAGGUACCAGAGCGGGCUGCACUCAUGUCCGCCUUGAUCCACGACCUACACUUCACCAUCGAUAAGCCUUCGUUCCCGAUGAAGCACCUCCCAGAUUUCCUUCACAAGGUUGGCAAGGGCAUGCCACGCGAUAUGAAGUAUUCUCUCCUCAUCCCGAUGAACGUGCAAAUCAGCAUGGGCGAGGCUAAAGUCUCACUGAGAGAUUACCCCUUACCUCUUUUACACAUUCCGUGCCUCAAAUCAAGCCAGUCCACCCGCCUGCCUGCCGUAUCGUUCAAGACGGACUUUGUGAUUGCAGAAGAGUUCCGCGGCAUCGAGUCUACGAGGCGAGUUCGGGUCGAUGUCAUACCAGCACGAAAUACAGAAUCUGAAGGAGGGAAUGAUCGCGGCUUUGCCAUUGAUGUUAGACGCACCAUUGGCCCCAUCAAGUCUUAUUCCGACAUGACUGUGGAUAUCAAUACGUCGUUGCCAACAAGAAUCACCUGGGGUCCGUCCUACCAGCCGGCCAUCCAGGACAUGAUGAUGGUCAUAGAGUCCUUUACCAAACCACAACUGGACCCCUCAGAACGCGUUGGUUUCUGGGACAAGAUCCGCCUCAACUUCCACUCGCGCGUGCGCGUCGCCUGGAAAGGGGAUGGCGACGUCCAUUUCUGCCUCAAGGGGGCAAGAGACCCAUAUCAAGUCAUUGGAAAUGGUGCUGGCUUCAUGAUGUGCUGGCGAAACGACGUGAGGUGUAACAUCCACACCGACGAUGAUCCAAAGCGCUUCAUGAUCGUCGACAGCGGCGAGUAUGUCCUCGCCAUUCCUGAUUUCAGCCAUUACGCGCGCGACACGGUCCGACGCCAAGAUGACAACGACAGCGUCCUCAGCGAGGACAGCGUCAAGUCAGGUACUGUCUUCAAGAAGGUCGUGAUGAAGCUGUCAGGGAACGUGCAGUGGAUGGCAGGCCUGGUGUUUGAGCAGGCAAUCGAGAACGGCAAACGGAGAUUCGACUUUCGCCCGCACUACGAGGUGAAUCUCAAAGCACCGAACUAUGCAAAAGCAGGAGAAAAUGGACAGCCCUACGAUGCCUUCAGGGGUUUCAGGAGCCAGUACAUUCACCUGUCGAUCGCAGUGAGGGCCCCCGUCGAUCGAGACUGGGCGUCUUCCGAAGUCGAGGCCUCGCGGAGCUACAAUGCCGUACAUCUCACGCCCCGCUUCUUCACUCACUUUUUUGCAUGGUGGUCGCUGUUCGGUGGCGCGAUGUCGUUGCCUGUCCGGCAGGGCGCCCUGUGGCCUGGACGGGAGAAGAGCAGCAAAAAGUUUGGGAGACACCUCGCAACCAUAAAGUACAACUUGUUAUUCGCUCCGCUGUUUCUCAGCCAUAUCUACAAACACAAGGAUGUCGAGGACUACGAUGAGAAUGCGGUGUCUGCCACAGGUGUCAAGGUUCGCUUCGACAGUUUCAAACUCGACAUCCACCAGAGGCGCGAGGAAUUCAACACCAGUGACAAGAGCCGUAAGACGCAGAGCCGGACUACAGGAAUGAAGAUCCACGCCGCGCAACUGGAUCUGGCCUCUGCAGAUAUCCGUGCUGUCUCUGCUAGCAUCAAGGGCACCACGACAGAGGCGAUCAUGAAGAACAACCUCGGCUCGUUGAUCACGCAGCAGCAGGAGGACGGCACGGAUCUGUCCAAGUUCACCAUUCCUGACAAUGACUUUAGCUGGAUCGACAUGGACGACUUCGUGGAGCUCGAUUGGAUCUUACCGUCAGAGCCAAACCCGGAUACGAAGAUCCUUCCCCUAGCUUUCUGUCCCAGGCUCACCUACUUCCGACAAACGGAUAUUGGUGGCGUGAUUGCCGGUGAUCCCGAAAGAACAAGCCCGUUUGGCUCUGAGCCGACGCACUUGUGCAUCAUGAGCCAAGACGACGAUCCCCGCCGCGUGCAAGCGCAGCUUGUCCAGCAGCGUCUUGACCAGUUGGAUGUGCAGAUGCAGAAUCAUACACGCAAGAUUGGCGAUGCAGAGCUGCAGCUGGUCCGGCAAGGCGAUGACGAUCUCGAGGCGCACAAUGCGCUGAAUGCGCUCCUGAUGCACAGCAGCGUGCUACACGACAAGAAGGAUUUCCUCGAGAAUAUGUUGGAUCAGAUGACGAGUUCUCCCGUCCGCUCCAACGAAUCCGGCUCGGAGUUGGGCAGCGGCAAGUCAGAUACCUCCGUGGGCUCUGGAGAGCAUUCUAUCAAUCUCCCCACAAGCGCCGAGUUCGCCAGCGACUUCUUGAACCGCUUCGUCCUACAUAAUCUGCAGCUCAAGUGGAACAACCUGCUGCGGAAUAUCAUCCUGCGGUACAUUCAUCAAGUCAGCCAGCGCCGUGGCUUCAUCUACUACCUCUCUCGGCCAGCGGUCAAGUUUAUCUUGGACAUUGUUGAGGAGCAGACCAAGCUGAAGAGCGCAAAGGCGUCCAAGGACUCAGCCAAACAUGCCAACAGGACCAACACGAAUGGUACCCAAGGGGAGAGGGACGACAUCCAGGACCGAAUCGACAAAAUCCUCCAGGACGGGCGGAAGUACGUCAACGCUGACGAUGAUGCCAAGAGCGCAGCCGACGACGUACCCAACGUCUCCAUGGAAGAUCUGACUGGUGGCAUCGCUGAAGGCUUUACUCCGCAGAAGAGUUACCAUGUCCGACUGAUUGCUCCUCAGAUCCAGCUCCAAAGCGACAAGAACACGAACAACGUUGUCAUGAUCACUAGCAAGGGCAUGGAACUGAAGGUCGUCGAGGUGAACGACAAGGAGAGACUGUCCGACUCUGUCAGUGGACUCGUCCAACGUCGAUUCUUGGUCAACAUGGACAGCACCCAGUUCUUUGUGACCCACCAGAAGUGGUUCUCUACUCAGCUCCUCUCGAUGUACUCGGGCAGCACUUAUGGGACACCGAGUGGCUCCGCAUGGCCGCCUUGGGUGCCAAUGGAAGUCAUGUCCGACUACCAAACAGAUCCUGUCGGCUUCAAGCGUGUGGUGCAGAAGACUUCUGCCAUGCUGCGCUACGACAAAUACAACACUCUCCGUCUCAAGUACAAUGAUGAUGUGAACACAGGAGAUGGCGCGGAUGGCGAGUCAAACGAUACGAAUGCGGAGAAGCGCAUGGACAAUCUCACGGUCGAGUUCCCGCAAGCGAGAGCAAUCUGUAACUCAUCACAGUACUACGCCAUAUAUGUCAUCGUGCUCGACUUGCUGAUGUACAGCGAGCCCCUGGAGAAGACACGCAGCGAGCGUCUGGAGAAGAUCAUGCUUGCUUCCGACUUCAGCGACCUCCGGGGCACCCCCGAGAUGGUUAUCAAGUUGCAAGAACGGAUUCGACAGCUGGAAGACAUCAAGUCACACUUCCAGGUCCACUCCAAAUACCUCGACAAGCAAGGAUGGCAAGACAGGCUACUGGUCGAGAGAGACCUGGCCGCUUGCGAGGAUGAGCUCUUCUUCAUGAUGAAGGCCAUCACAACCUCGCAGAGAAAAUACGACUCAACACAGGGCAAUGCUCUACUUAAAUGGUGCAUCUCGGUCAAGGACAUUGUGUGGCAUCUGGUGCGGGAUGCAAACGAGCCGCUGUGCGAGUUCCAGCUCAAGGACGUGGAGUACGACCGGACUGACAAUUCUGACGGGUCCCACAUCAACCUGAUCCGUGUUGGCAAGGUCCUUGGCUUGAAUCUGCUCAACGAUGCACUCUAUCCCGAGAUGGUGGCACCGUUCUUCGAGGACCCGCGGACGGCGUCUGUCCCUGAAGGCCAACCCAUGGUCACCGUGUAUUGGUAUAUGCUUGAGGCUGUCGCCGGUAUCCCAGUCAUGGAUCACUUCGAGGUCAACCUCUUCCCCUUAAAGAUCCAGCUCGAGCGGGAAAUCGGCAAGAAGCUCUUCGAGUAUGUAUUCCCAGGCAUGGGAGGAGACAAGUUCUCGGCCAAUGGCGGGAAGAACGAUUCGCCGCUGAUGUCCAAGCAAAAUGUUCCCGGCGGGGACAAUUUGGCCGAGGAAGAACUGCUGCAAGAACCUAUGCGACCCGCUACAGCCAUAUCAGAGAGGUCUGCGUUCGACCCCGGACAGUUCGAGACCCGCGCUGGGUCCCUUGAACUGCGGCUGCGGCCGACGCUUACCUCGGACACCAAGAUGAGCCCGACUAGGAGCAAGGCGCCCAGUGUUCACUCCAGUGAAAAGUCAUCAACGUUUGGCUUCUUUCGUUCAAGCAAACCUGGGCUGUCCAAGAAGAAGUCCUGGGACUCACUACGCUCAACCAACCUACCACGGGCUGGCGUGAACCGCACAAACACAACCUUGUCGUCCAAGAAUGAGACUAGUUCGGUGAGCUCCGACACGGUCAAGAAGUCUCGAUUCGGCCUCCGCAGGUCAGAGAACAAGAAUGAUGAACCUUCGGACGACUUGACCGAGAUGAUCUCGCGCGCAUCCAACUAUAUGACCUUCUCACAUAUCAAGCUGCCCUCCGUCGUUCUCUGCCUCAGCUACAAAGGAAAAGGCGACCGCAACAUUGAGGAUGUCCAUGACUUUGUCUUCCGCCUGCCAACCAUCGAGUAUCACAACAAGAUGUGGUCGAACCUUGAUCUCGCUCUCAAUUUCAAGAGUCGUGUGAUCAAGGCCCUCAUCAGCCACACGGGCGCCAUUAUUGGCAACAAGUUCAGACAUCGACCAAAUGUUGCGCAGCAAUCCAAACUCCGCGAGCUUGCCAGCAGCUCGGUCAUUAUCGCCGCGCCGAGCAUGAGCGACAGUCAGAAUGGCAGCGGGGACGACUCAUCGAGCCUGUUCGGGCACGAUUUCUCGCGCUCGCCACCGCGCUCGAUUCAGGAGUCCGGCUCCUCCAUCCAGAUCCCCCGCAGCAACAGCCGCGGCUCAAGCAUCGCAUCCAGCGGGAAGUCCAUGCACAGCAGUCAGCUGCAGGUCACGACCAACUCCACCAUCACCGCCCCCAGCUCCGGCGGAGAAAGCUCGCAGAAACCUCUCACACAGAUCCCGACCGGCCCUGUGGUGCCCAGCUUCCAGAUGAUGCCACCUACACCCAAGGAGCGGUCGCCGUCUGACUCCAGCAACAACAAGUACUCGGGCUUUGGCAUCUCCAUGCUCCGCCCUUCCUCCAGCAGCAGCAUGCGCUCGUUCAACAGCACGAGUUUCGGUAUCAACCAGCGGCGGGGCAGCAAUAUGAGCUCAGCAGCCUACAGUGCCAGCAGCGGCUCUCCCGAGCAGGUCGUUAGCCGGUCGCGUACGAUGCUUGGUGGGCUCAAGGAGAGGAGCGAGAGCGGUGGUAAGGACGCAGGUGCCUUCUUCAAGGAGAAGUUCACAGCCCUGGCGAGCAAAUUGAACAACAACAACAACAACAACAAGGACGGCAACAGCAAUUCCAAAAGCGAGGGGGAAGCGAUGCCACCUCCUAAAUUACUGACGACCCAGUCCGGCGCCGAGGACAGGCGUCAUCCAGGGUCACGAUGGUCGUCCAAGAACGCGGAAGUCAUCGAGGAAGAUGAAGAUGAAGGCAGUAGGACUGCCGGAGAGGAGAAGAAGGAGAGAAACAAACCGGUCCAGGUCCUCGACACCAAGAACUGA